AUGAUACAUUGGGAAAAAUGAUUGUUAUAUCGAAUACAAAUUGAGUCAAACAUACAAUCAAAUUUAAUUCAGAACAAAAAUAAAUUAACUUAUUAGGAAUGUAUCUUCAGUCAGCAAGCAGCUUGGAUAUUUCACACGAGAAGCAGAGACUUACACUGGAAUGCGGUGGUUUACGUGAUGUUAUAUCAUAGAAAUUAAACGUUCAUAUUUGGCAAAGGGCAAAGGAAUCGAACGUUGGGAAAGCAUUCAGGGUUGGUGCAUUCUUCCAGGAGGAGCAUGCCCGAAUAAAUUUUAUAUUUUUUUCUUUUUUACGGAAAAAAUCCUUGUUGUUCCGCGAAGCCAGGAAAAACUGCUGAUUAUCGGGAGAAGUGGCGAUCGAAACCAUUCAUCCUUCUGUCAAAUGCCUACCAAUGCUUCGCAAUUCGUUGUCAUGCCAGCUCAUCUUGGCCUUACAAAUGGGAUCCACUCUACGCCGUUUCAAGCUCUCGCAUCAUCUCGGUUGUGUUCUAUACCAUUUUUAUUUGAAGGAACGAAGAAGGGCGAUAUCGAAGAAACGUGGGAUGGACGGGGGCGAAGAUGUGAACAAGGUAGGUAGGAAGGAGGAGAAGGUGGCAUUUUUCAAGUUGUUCUUCUUCGCGGAUUCCAAGGACGUGGUUUUGAUGCUGGUGGGCUUCUUAGCAGCGGUAACGUCCGGGCUUUCCAUGCCGCUCAUGGCCUUCAUCUUUGGUGAGCUUAGCAAUGCCUUUGGCGUCGCCAACCGAGAAUAUGUUGUUCGUGAUGUUUCAAAGGUUGUUUUACAGUUCAUAUAUUUAGCUAUUGGAACUAGCGCCGUGUCAUUUCUACAGGUGUCAUGUUGGAUUGUGACUGGAGAAAGGCAAGCUGCACGUAUACGUAGUUUGUAUCUACAUACCAUAUUAAGACAGGAUAUAGCCUUUUUUGACAAGGAAACAAACACUGGUGAAGUAGUAGGCAGGUUGUCCGGUGACACAAUACUUAUUCAAGAUGCCAUUGGUGAGAAGGUCGGGAAGUUUAUACAACUUGUUUCAACAUUCUUUGGGGGCUUUAUCAUAGCAUUUGUCAAAGGUUGGCUUUUGACUCUGGUCAUGAUGUGUAGCAUUCCAUUCAUUGUCAUGGCUGGUGCAACAAUGUCUUUAAUAAUAUCAAAAUUGUCUGCUCGUGGACAAUCAGCAUCUGCUGAAGCAGCAUCUAUUGUUGAAGAAACAAUGGGGUCCAUUAGAACAAUUGCGUCUUUCUCAGGAGAGAGACGGGCCAUUGAGAUGUAUAAUAAAUUGAUUAGUAAUGCUUACAAAUCCGUCGUUCACCAAGGAACUGCUGCGGGAUUCGGUAUUGGAUGUGUUACAUUGUUUGCUUUUUGCAGCUAUGCCAUAGCUGUCUGGUAUGGUGCUAAGCUAAUCCUUAUUAAAGGCUACAAUGGAGGGGAAGUCGUCAAUGUAAUGCUAGCUGUUAUGACAGGUGCAAUAGCUUUAAGCCAGGCUUCCCCCUGUGUAAGUGCUUUUGCAGCAGGACAAGCUGCUGCAUACAAGAUGUUCGAGACAAUCCAAAGAAAACCAGAGAUUGAUUCAUAUGACAAUAAUGGCAUUGUUUUGGAGAACAUCAAGGGCGACAUAGAACUGAAGGAUGUUUAUUUCAGCUACCCAGCCAGGCCUGACCAUUUGAUAUUUAAUGGCUUCUCUUUGCGUGUGCCAAGUGGUACAACUAUGGCUCUUGUAGGUGAAAGUGGUAGCGGGAAAUCAACAGUGGUUAGUCUGGUUGAGAGGUUUUAUGAUCCUCAAGCUGGUGAAGUAUUAAUAGAUGGUGUCGAUCUUAAGAAGCUCAAACUAAGGUGGAUAAGGGAGCAGAUUGGACUUGUUAGCCAGGAACCUGUUCUUUUCACAGCCACCAUUAAGGAAAAUAUUUCCUUUGGAAAGGAAGGUGCCAGUCUUGAUGAAAUUAAGAGAGCAAUUGAUUUUGCUAAUGCUUCAAAAUUCAUAGAAAAGUUACCUGAUGGACUUGAGACAAAGGUUGGGGAGUAUGGCACUCAGCUAUCUGGUGGGCAAAAGCAGAGAAUUGCAAUUGCUAGAGCAAUUUUGAAGAAUCCGAAGAUCUUACUUUUAGAUGAGGCAACCAGCGCAUUGGAUGCAGAGUCUGAGCGAGUUGUUCAAGAUGCUCUUGUAAAUAUCAUGUUAGACCGAACUACCAUAAUUGUGGCCCAUCGCUUGAUUACUGUGAGGAAUGCUGAUACCAUAUCAGUUCUUCAUCAUGGAAAUCUUGUUGAGCAAGGUUCGCAUUGGGAAUUGAUUGAGAAAAUUGAUGGGUCUUACUCCCAGCUUGUACGAAUGCAGGAACUAAACAAGGAAUUAAAAUCAACACCUUUAGAUAGCUUACUUGAAACAGGGCUAAGCUGUGUCGCUUUGAAAAGAUCAGGAAGUAUUGCUUUUUCUCAGACGAGAUCAUUUUCUCGCAGCUCUUCAUGCGGAGGAAGCAGUCGGCCUUCUUUUAGGCUAUCUUUUGGUUUGCCUGGUGUGGUGGAAGCUGAUUUAAAUAACCCAGAACCACACGAUGAGUGGAAGAAAGGUCGCGGAAAAACUAAGGAGUGGAAGGAAGUUUCUAUCUUGUGGAUUGCUCACCUCAACAAGCCAGAGGUCCCAGCUCUUCUUCUAGGAUCUAUUGCUGCAGCUGUCCAUGGAGCCAUAUUUCCCGUCUUUGGAAUUUUGAUUUCUAGUGCCAUCAAGUCAUUCUAUGAACCACCACAUCAACUACAAAGGGAUUCCAGAUUUUGGGCACUGAUUUAUUUAUUAUUUGGUUUCAUUGCUUUUCUUUUGGUGCCAGUACAAUACUACUUAUUUGGAGUUGCGGGAGGGAAACUAAUAGAACGCAUCCGUUCGCUGUCUUUUGAGAAGGUGGUGCACCAAGAGAUCAGCUGGUUUGAUGAACCUGCAAAUGCUAGUGGGGCAAUAGGUGCACGGCUGUCUUCAGAUGCAUCUUCCGUGAAAAGUCUUGUCGGUGACACUUUAGCUUUGAUAGUUCAGAACAUAGCAAAUGUUACAGCAGGGAUAGUUAUAGCCUUCGUUGCAAACUGGAAGCUUGCAAUUGUGAUUUUGGCAAUCGUACCUCUUGUGGGGCUGCAGGGUUACACUCAGAUGAGAUUCCUUCAAGGAUUUAGUGCUGAUGCCAAGAUUUUGUAUGAAGAAGCUAGCCAGGUGGCAAGUGAUGCGGUCACCAGCAUCCGUACCGUAGCUUCCUUUUGUGCAGAGGGGAGAGUAAUGGAUGCUUACCGUAAAAAAUGUGAAAAUCCGGUGACACAGGGAAUUCGGCAGGGGCUAAUAAGUGGAAUUGGUUAUGGCUUUUCAUUCUGCAUGCUGUAUUGUACCUAUGCUCUGUGUUUCUACGUUGGAGCUCGUUUUGUACAUGAUGGACGAGCAACAUUUACGGAAGUUUUUAGGGUGUUUUUUGCUUUGACCACGGCAGCUAAUGCAGUUGCACAAUCAAGUACAUACGGGUCUGAUGCUACAAAAGCCAAGGACUCAGCUGCUUCUAUAUUUGGAAUUCUUAAUCGGAGAUCCAAGAUUGAUUCAAGUAUUGACGAGGGUUUGGUGUUGGCAGAUGUUAAGGGGGAGAUUGAAUUCCAGCAUGUUAGCUUCAAGUACCCUACGCGUCCAAAAGUGUCCAUCUUCAACGAUCUGUGUUUGCAAAUCCCUUCUGAAAAGACAGUUGCACUAGUUGGUGAGAGUGGCAGCGGAAAAUCCACAGUGAUCGCUCUCAUUGAGCGAUUCUACGAUCCUGAUUCAGGCACCAUUCUUAUUGAUGGAGUUGAGAUACAUAAGUUAAAUCUUAGCUGGCUUAGGCAGCAAAUUGGAUUGGUGAGCCAAGAGCCUGUGUUGUUCAGUGGCACAAUACGUUCCAACAUAGCCUAUGGCAAGCAAGGCCAUGUAUCUGAGGAUGAGAUCAUUUCUGCCGCCAAUGCAGCAAAUGGGCACCGCUUUAUUUCAUCGCUUCCUCAGGGCUAUGAUACAGCUGUUGGAGAGCGAGGCGUUCAGCUCUCAGGUGGGCAGAAGCAGCGCAUUGCAAUUGCGAGGGCUAUGAUCAGGAAUCCAACGAUUCUUCUACUUGAUGAAGCAACCAGCGCAUUGGACGCAGAAUCAGAACGUGUGGUGCAGGAAGCGCUCGAACGUGUGAUGGUGGGACGGACAACGAUCAGCAUUGCUCAUCGCUUAUCCACAAUCCAGGGCGUUGAUGUUAUUGCUGUGGUCAAGAAUGGCGUUAUUGCUGAACAAGGACGGCAUGAGGCACUUAUGAGCAUACCAAAUAGUGCUUAUGCUUCACUGGUUAAUCUUCAUAUGUCAUCCUAAUCAAAUCAACUAAUGUUUUGUUCUGGACAGGUUUUAGCUACUCUUUGAACCUAUUCUUUCCUAUCCUGCAGCAUGAUUUCGUCGAUA